AUGGGGGAACAGGUUGUUAGUCCCCUACUUGUAAAAGUUGUGGACUUGUUGUUUGGUGUGGCUAUUAAAGAGUUUAGUUACAUGUGGAAUUGUGAAAAAAAUGUUACAAAGUUAAAGAAUGAAGUUAAAAACCUCAUAGAUAUGAGGAAGAAUAUUACAGAACAAAUAAAAGUCGCAGAUCGUAAAGGGGAUAAUCUCAAACAUGGUGUGGAAGACUGGUUAAUAAAGGCAGGCAACGAAAUAGCCAAGGCCGUAGUGUUCGUUGAACACGAAACAAAAGCCAACAAGACGUGUAGCACCCUUUACCAUUAUGGUAAGAUGUCAUCAAAAAUGGUUCUUUCUCUUUCGCAGCACCAAGUAGAAGGCAAGUCUUACGAAAGUUGUGUCCAUGUUGAAACUCGUGCACCCGGACCACUAGAUGCAUAUGAAAACAAAGAUCUUGAUGGUAUUGAUACCCACAAUUCAGCUUUGAAAAAUAUCAUUCAUGCUAUUAAAGAUGAAAGCAUACAAAUCAUUGGAAUCUAUGGGGGAGGUGGUGUCGGGAAAACUACAUUAGCAAAGGAAGUUGUUGCAAGAGUAAAAUAUGCUGAUGUUCCAUUUAUAACUGUCUCACAAAAUGUAGAUAUUAUGAAGAUUAAAAAAGAUAGUGAAGAUGCAACAAAGAGAAUAGUGAAAGGGGAGAAGGUUCUAAUCAUAUUAGAUGACAUCUGGGAGAAACUUAACCUGGAAGACUUAUGCAUUCCGUGCGGGAGUAAGCAUAAGAAUUCUAAAAUUUUGCUAACGUCUAGAAACAAAGAUGUGUGUGAGAAAAUGAACGCUCAAAGUAUAAUUUUUGUCGGCUCUUUGCAACCAAAAGAAGCAUGGAUUCUUUUCAAACGUGUCGUUGGUGAAAGAUUGGAGACGGAUGAUGUUUUGAAACCAGUUGCAGAGGAGGUGUUGAAAGAGUGUGGUGGAUUGCCGCUCCUCAUUCAAGUGGUAGGAAGUACUUUGAAAAGCAAAAACAUCAGUUCAUGGGAAGCAGCUCUUUCUCGACUAAAGAAACCUACACCAUGGGAAAUUGAUCCUGAUAUACGGAAAGCAUUUAUUCGUUUGCAGCUAAGCUAUGAAUACCUUGAAAGUGAAGAGGUUAAAUCAUGUUUCUUGCUCUGUAGCAUGUUUCCUGAGAAUUAUAAUAUACCGCUGGAAGCGUUGGUAUACUAUAUGGUGGGUCUAUGUAAGUUUGAUGACCUUGAGAGCAUGGAGGAUGCAAGAGACAGGGUUCGAAAUGCAGUGAAUAUGCUCACAUCCUCUUGUUUGUUGUUGAAUGUGGAGGCUGAUGAAGGCUUUACCAAAAUGCAUGAUGUUGAUCAUGAUGUAGCAUUGUUAAUUGCGUCCAAAGAUAAGAAUAAAUAUAUGGUAAAAGCGGGGAAAUACUUGACAGAAUGGUUACCAAUAGACGACAACCUAAAAACCUACACCGGUAUCUCACUCAUGAACAAUAAUAUUUCUAGGCUUCCUGACUAUGAAAUUCAUUUAUCAAGCCUUGACAUUUUCCUCAUAAAUAACAAUUGGAACUUGUCAAUGAUAUCUGAUGAAUUCAUUAAGGGCAUGAAAGAAUUAAAGGUUUUAGAUUUGAGUGAGUGUCUCACACAGCUUCCACAAUCAUUGGAGCUACUCACCAAACUUCGCAUGCUCAAUCUUAGUGGUAAUAAAUCUUUCCAUGAGAUUUCUAUUAUUGGGAAGAUGAAGGAUCUUGAAAUUCUAAUUCUCAGUAAAACCGGAAUCAAAGAAAUUCCUCAAGAGAUUGGUCAAUUGGUGAAAUUAAGGCGGCUUGAAGUUAUUCGGUGUGAUUAUCUUUUUGAUAUAACACCGGGAGUGAUAUCAAAGCUCCGGAGUUUGGAAGAGCUGCGCAUUGACCUUAAUAAGAUGAGUAAAGGAGUCAAUGGUUGUACUGCUGAGGUUAUGAAGUUGUCAAAGCUCACAUAUUUGGAUCUAAAGGUGAAAAGUUUUGACCUUAUUUCCGAAGGUUUUAAUUUAAGACAUUUGAAGGGAUUUGUGAUUCAAAUCGGAUAUUUCUAUGGAGGAAAUGAGCUCAGGAGGCCAGAUCGUAAUCUAAUAGUUUCAGUUAAACAUCUUGUGAUUCCAUUAUCAAAUUGGUUAAAGAAACUGAUUGAGAUAAGCCGUCCUAAUACAAUUCUAUAUGAAAUAGAAAACUUAAAUAAUAUGAUGCCGACCUUAUAUGAUGAAGGUUUCAAUAAGUUAGAGCGUGUUAAGUUAUCUUCGUGCCCGAGUGUGUCAUGCUUAGUGGAUGAUGACGAUGAAGGGAAAACAAGGGAAAAGUACUUCAUGGAACUAAAACACCUUUAUUUGAGAAAACUAGAUAAACUGAAGGUUGUAUGGAAAUGUCCAGAUGAAUAUAUAAGUUUUACCAACCUAGUGACGCUUUAUAUCAAUUUUUGUAAUAAAUUAGAAAGAGUAUUUACAGUGCGUGUAGCACAAGGCCUUGUCAAUCUCAAGAAAUUGGAUAUUCUCUAUUGCUCAAGUCUAGAGGAAGUGAUUUGGGAUAAUAAUGGGGGUAAAGAUGAUAAAUCUGAAAAUGUUAUUGUGUUCCCUUCUCUUGUCACAAUCUCCCUUAAUGUAUUACCUAAACUCAAAAGCUUCUUCAAGUCAGCUAGGGAUUGUAGAAUCGAAUAUUCAUCUUUGGUGAACGUUGAAAUAUAUUCUUGUGAAAGCAUGGAGAUAUGGGGAUCUGGAAUCCAUAAAACACCCAAUCUCAAAACAUUGCAUGGAAAUUAUGAGGUACGACUAAAUGGACCUAAUGCCAUAAAUGAAGCCGUGGAGCAAUCUUGGAGAAAGUGAAUGCAGCCGAUGGACCUAUUGCCAUAAAUGGAGCUGAAAAAAGUACGUUGGUUGAUAACUCACUAGGAAACACAUACAUAUUUGAUAUUUCUAUGAGUAGCAGUAAUCAAUAAGCCAUUAAAAUUAAUAUGUUGGUUGACUUGGUUCAUUGAUACAGUUAUUUUCGGAAUAAUAUAUAUAUAGUUGCUUCAGGAAAGUUCAAUUGUAUUUGUAUGUCCUCUAGUUAAUUUGGUGAUUAUGUCUGAUAUACAUGAGUUGUAACCAGGUUUUUUUUUC